AUGUCAGCCUUCUUCCACCCUCAACCACCACCAUCCCCAACAACAGCACGCAUUGCCAUUGUCGGCACCGGCAGCGUUGGGUCAACCAUCGCGUACGCCCUCCUGCAUGGGUCACAGUAUUCUGACCUCCUGCUCGUUGAUGUGAACUCCAGCAAGCGAGACGCACAAGUGCGUGAUCUUUCGGACGCGGCCUGCGCAGAAGGAAGUAGCACCCGCAUGAGAUGCGCAACGUUGCGAGAUGCCGCCGGUUGCGAUGUCGUCGUCAUUGCCGCAGGUGUGAAGCGACGGAGAGCCGAAACAAGAGUCCAACAACUCGAGCGCACGACCGCCAUCCUCCGUCACAUCAUCGACGGGAUGAAACCGUUUCUCCUCCCCUCGACUAUCCUUUUGAUCGUGUCAAAUCCCGUGGAUGUCCUCACCACGCUGGCGCUCAAGCUGACAAGCCUGCCAAGCUCCCAGGUUCUAGGUCUGGGAACGUACCUCGAUACAGUUAGGUUACGGAGAAUCAUAGCCGAAGAGCUAAAAAUCUCCCCGCAGACCAUCCACGCCGACGUCCUAGGCACAAACAACGACAGCCCGCAAGCCGGAUCCCCUGCCUGCUCCACGGCCGUCAUUUGCGGCCUCCCCCUCCCCGAGUCUAACGCCACCACCGAUGCCGAUCUGGCGGCCCGAUCCUGGAAAGAAUGCCACCUGAUCGCCACUGUAAAAGGCGCGCCGAUAAUCAGCGUCGCGUCAUCAGUCGCGCGCAUCAUCUCCGCCAUUAUAUAUGACAACAAGGCGCCGGUACCGUUGUUUGGACGCAUGCCGGACCACGCCACUGCCCUACCGCUGGGACCCAUGCCUAUCAACCAUUUCCAGGAGAAGCUAGGCUGUUGCGUCAGUCUGCCUGCGUUGCUGGGCCGCCAGGGCGUUGUCCGGACGGUGCAAGUGAAGCUGGAGGAGCGGGAGGAGAAGAAACUGGCCAGGGCGGCAGUGAGCGUGAGAGAGACGGUGGAGAGAUUGAUGGGGGAGGGCACUAUAGGUGGCAAGGAGGAGGAAUGA